AUGGCCCAGCAAAACCCUCAAAAUUGUCUUGGUAUCCCGACUCCUGAGUCAUUGAGAGGGCUGAUCAGAGCACCACCGGCCUGUCUUCCCACCCCUGGAGAUGUGGCAGCCGUUGAAAUAACUGAGGGUCUUGGUAAAUACCUGGGCAAGCCCAGAGACGAAAUUGUUCAAGCGCAAAAUUUGACGAGCGGAUUGUCGGACAUCGCCAUAAUUCUGGAACGUCCGCUUCAUAGGUCGAAACACAAGUUCGAUGUCAUCUUCCCAAAUUUUGUGGAAGAAUCCCCGACGCUAUUAGCCGUCGAUGAACUCAUUCGUUUCGCUAGUAAUGGCGCUCGAAGCAUACAUAAUGUCACCGUGCUGAAUGCGUUCCCUUUUCAGCCCGACAAAUCUGCAAUGGAGCGAGAACGAAUAGGCCACGAAGCGCUUACUCGGAUCUUGAAAGCAAAGAAACCCAAGGUAAUUUUGAGAUGCCACCGUGAAGAGUAUUGGGACGAGUGGCUCAAGCGCAUCGAGCUACCCGGACGGGAGUACCAACUGGAGCGGAAGGAUGUCAAAAUUACCGAGGACCAUACGGCAGUCGUCUUGCAAUCGUUCCAUCCCUCUUGUGCUGUGAACAAUGCCGACUGCAGACCGGAAUACCGAGCAUUAUUGAUGUACCACUUCGUGGCCGCCUUUUCGGAGCUGCGGGUUGAGUUCCGUCUUCCGGAUACUGCGGAGAAAAUCAGAAAGCUUUGCCUCAAAAAGGGCGAGCGAAGAGACCACGAUAUACCCAGCUACAAAUCAUGGCAAGCGGCACUUCGUAUAUCUCAGGAAUUGGAAAGGCCUUACGACGGUCCAUGCAAGGCACGAUUCGUUGAAAUAUCGGACGAAACCCCAUUUGAACACUGCAGUGCACAGAUCAAGGGAUUUAGUGCUAUGUACAAAUCACUGAAUGAGCUUUUCGGGAACUCGAACAAUUUUGGAUGUCUUGGAAUCGCGAAAGUUGUUUUAUUUCUCUGGAAACAGCACUUCCGGGCCGACCCUCUCUACGAGCAGACAAUGUCAUGGCUGCUACUACGAGGUAAUGAUCAAAAGGACUGGUUUCCGUCAAGGCCUCAACGGGCUUCCCUCCAACGCCCGCUAGAAGACGACUUGUCGGAACUUCAAAUUUCGGGGCGCCCCCUUCUAUGUGACAUGCAAAAGCUUACCGACGAAGCAAGACUCUUGGCUGGUCAGACAUCUGACACACUUGGGAGGGCGGAGAAUCUCGGGGAAAGCCUGCGUGUUAAUAUGGCCUGCAUUAUGGAGAGAUACAUUGUUCUAGUUCGCAAAUACUUGAGCGGCACCUCGAUGAGUGAUAUCAACAAAGCAAUGGCCAUCAGCACUCAGUUGAAGUCAUGUGAGAUUUUUCUAUCCACAAUCAUUGAUCAGAAUGAUUCUCUAGAACAACCCGACAUGCGGGGCCUGUUACAGCGCCAUCAAGAGCUAGCGAGCCUGAUUAAUGCCAGCGUUAUGGCAUGA